AUGCAAAAUAUUGAUUUUUUGCUAGAAAUAUCACUUUUAAAUAAACUAUAUUUAUAUUAUUUAUUUGUAUUUCAGUUUUUACAAAAAUACACAUUUAACAUGAAGCUUCGUUUACUAGUUUUGAAGCAUGAAAACAACACAGGAAAAACAUUUUGCUGGAAUCGAGACGCCCAUAAACUAUUUUGCUUUAUUUUGAAUCAUGGUAUGCAUCCACGAGAAGGCCAAUUUUUAAUCUGUGAGGAAUCAGAAAUCGAGAGCAAAGUAUUCGACAAUAAGAUUUUUUCAUAUAUCACGGAUCUGAAAAUACAAGACCCACAACCAUCCGAUUUUGUAACAUUUCCCAAGAAUGUCCACGAAAAAGUCACUUUUAAAAGUUGGAUUGGUUUUAGCUCCGUUCCACAUCAUUUGACGUUUAACAGAAAAGUAGCUUACGCGGAUUGGUAUGGACUUGUGGAUUCCAGUGGAAUUGAAAUAAAAUUUGCUGGAGUUUUUGGAGUGAUGAUUGCAGUAAAUGAUCUUGAUUAUGAACUCACUGGGCAACACUUGUUCAAAGUUGUUCAGAGACCGUGGAAGUUGAAAAGCACAGCGGAUACUUCUGAAUUUUGGCAGAAACUGUUGCAAUUUGAAGAAAAAUCAAAUAAACAAGUGAAAAAACCACAAUGUGAAAUAUCAAUGGAAAAUAGACAAGCGGGGAACAAUGAAAUGACUUCUCCAGAACCGACUUAUAAAGAACUAUCAAAUACUGUAAAACUUUUACAACAGGAGAACAUAAAUUUGAAAAACUCCGUUCAGACCAGGAAGGAUCAAUUUUCUCAGCUGUAUGCGCAAAAAGAAAGAUAUGAAAGCACCAACGAGAUUGAAAUAAAUCGUCUUAAAAAAUGUGUAGAAGAAGAAAUUGAAUUAAAUCGACAGCUGAUAGCAGAAAAUACGAGACUGGCAACAGAACAAGUAUCUGUUAAAAGAAAUAUGGAAGCAGCAAGAAGUGAACUACAACGUUCUGAAGAAAAAUUAAAUAAUGCAAAACGUGAAUUCAGCAUGUUAUACGAAAAAGUUUCGCAAUAUGCAAAAGACGUGUCUGAUAAGGAAGCAAUUUUACCUGAUGCUGGCCAGAACAAUGCAGAAGAUAUUGAGAUACAAAAGUUUAUCAAUUUUGUUGUUCACCAAGCGGAAGAGCUCGGCGAACUAGCAUCAAAUGGUUUAUCAUGAGGAGUAAUAACUAAUUCGUAAAUGGCAUCGAUUAAUUUUAAAAUGUAAAAUGCCAAUUGGUUAAGAACUCCUAAUAAAGUCUUAAUAUUAUAUAAU